AUGAGCGGGAGGCUAAUAGAGCGGUUCGAGCUCCAGGAAGAGUUCAACGCCGUCGAGAGCGGCGAUGGCUACGACCUCAGCAACGAAGAUCGAUGGUCAAGCGUUGACCCAGACGCGCUGAUUGGAGCGGCGGUCGAGCAGGUAGCCCACAGCAGCGAGAACAUCAGAAUCGAAGAAGUCUUUGAAGUCUAUUGCUACUUCUUGAAGAAUGCGGCGUCGACAUCAGCGUCGGUCAUGGGCAAGCUAUUGGACUCCAUAACCUCAGGGCUCAAGGCACAAAUCGAAGCGUCAACACGAAGGGACCAGGACGAGGACAGCUAUGCAUCCCACCGACUGCCAUUCGAGCUGUACAUUUACCUGCUCCAUUGGUUUUGCAAGGCCUCCGAGAGUGUCAAAGUUUCUGCAGACGACCCGCCUCCAGCAAAAUCGAGGAGGGGUCGAGGGGGAAAGGCGGCGACGGCGAGGAUGACAUCGCGUUCGGCAUCCAACAAACGCACCGAGGCUUACUCUUGGGAGGACCAGGUUCCCGAAGUGCUGGCCUUGAUAACCAAACUCUUGAAGACAGUUCAAAUGAACAGAAUUUGGCCCACGACCGCCGAGAAGGACAUGUUUUUGCACUGCGUUACCCGCCCGGUUUACAACCACAUCUGCAUUAACGAACAAUACCUGAAGAAUUCAGCUAUCAAAGCCGGAGUGUUCGAAGUCUUCUGCACAGCUGUAAAGCACCACAACCAGGCACUUGCUCUCCAAGUCCACAUCACCCAGUCCCUCGACCUUUACGAGCACCUGGCCGAAUCGAUGGCGGAGUGUCUCUAUCUGCUGUCGACCAAGUAUGACCACACGCAAACAGGAGAAGAGGUCCUGCGAGAGAUCUCCAACAAGGUCUUCGCACAGCAAGAUACCAAAGGGCCCCGGAACUACGCUCGGUUCCUCGUCCGGUUCACGGAAUUGUGCCCUCGGUCUACCCUCAAGCAACUCGCUCUUCUUAUCAACCAGCAGGACUCAGAUGCCUAUGCACUCCGCCAAGCUGUCGUUGAGAUCUUGGGAUUGCUCAUUACUGAGCGGGACCGUACACUGGAGAGCGAAGCGGAAGACGAAGACCAGAAGAAGAAGAUCCAAAACGAAAUCGUGGCCAUGUUCGACCUUAUCUUUGAACGGUCAAAGGAUCAGUCAUCCUAUGUUCGAAACAAGGUCUUGCAGGUGUUGGCGACUACCUGCGACCUCAAGGCCAAGUUCCCAAAACAGCGAUUGAGGAUGGUUAAACGCGCUCUCCAGCUGCUUAUGGACAAGACCGCAACCGUCCGCAAGUCUGCGAUCGCCCUGUUCAUCAGGCUUCUGGUCACUCACCCGUGGAUUUUCGACAACAAAGGAAUGCUGACGAGGGACAAGUGGGAGGCUACUUAUGAAGAAGCUAGGAAGGACUUGGCAGCCGUUGAAGGCCUUGGGAAUGUCGACGUUCAGGAGGCUGACGACGAGGAGAGCCAAGCACGCAAAAAGAAGAAAAAGAAGAAGCGCAACGACGACGAAAUGGAGGUCGAUGAGGACGACGAAGAGCAAACAGACGAGGAGGGUGAUACGGAGCAAGAAGAUGAGAUGUCCGUUGACGAGGAUGGGAACGGGGAGGGUCCAUCUCGAAGGAGGCUCAAACCUCGCAAGUCCGAAUUGAACGUGCAAGCCCUCAGCGAAGAAGCGGAAGUCCUCAUGAACUUGGACGAGAAAGAACUCGCCAAGAAGGAAUUGCGCAAGAAGUACUGCCAGGAGGCUCUGCGGUUUAUCUCGUACAUCGAGACCGCGAUGGAGACCAUCGAGAAGCUUUUGGGGUCCAAGAGCAAGCCGGAGGUUUUGGAGGCGAUUGAUUUCUUCAAGGUCGCCCAUGUCUUUGAAAUCCAUGGAGCAAACCGCGGUAUCAGGAAGAUGUUACAUCUCAUCUGGGCCAAGGAUAACAGCACCAUCUCGGAGGACGGUAAAGAGAUCAAGGGCAUCCGGCAGAAGCUUUUGGAGUGCUACCGGUACCUCUACUUCGACCCUGUCGAGGACUUGGAGCCCAAAGCUCAGAUCAACCGUAUCGCAAAGAACCUCAUCGAGCGUACAUAUGAAGCCACGCUGGCUGAGCUCACCAGUCUGGAAGAGAUGAUGCGGAUUAUGAUGGAAGAGGACUGCAUCCAUCGCGACAUCAUCUCCAAGCUCUGGCAGAUUUAUACCUCUUCCAUGCCUUUGCCCAAGGAACAGCGCCGUGGAGCUAUCAUCAUCCUCGGCAUGCUUGGGGUUGCUAAACCCAAGGAGGUACUUUCUGAUCGCGUCGAGGUUAUGUUGAAAGUCGGUUUGGGCAAGUUGGGCAAGAUUGACCUCACCCUCGCUCGUUACACCUGUGUUGCCCUUCAACGGCUCAAUGGAAGUGCGAAGAAAGUCAAAGGUUCCCUCGAGGACAAAACGAUCCGUAUGCCUAUGGACAAUCCCAUCUUCCGCAAACUUAUGUCCACCAUCAUCUAUCCUUCUCGAUGCACGGACUGGUUCGGCCUUGCUGAGCAGGUCAUCAACACCGUCUACGCCCUGGGCGAGCACCCAGACAUCUUCUGCAACGAGUUGAUCAAGAAGCUCACCAUCCGAGCCUUCGCAGGGGAGAACAACAAAACAGGUAGUGCCGCGACCCAAGUCAACGGGGAUGGGACACAGGAAGACCAAGAAAUGGACGAAGACCAGCAAGCACCUGCACCUGAUCAAACCCAGGACCCCGAUGCUAUGAACACCGACCCGCCGACAAUCAGCACGAGACCCUCUCCUUCUGCUGCUGGAAGCAAGGACGUCGGUGACGCCUUCGAGCUUAGCCAGCUCUUGUUCGUCGUUGGACAUGUUGCCAUCAAGCAUAUCGUUUUCCUGGAGAUCAUCGAGCGUGAAUGGAAGCGACAGCGAGACGCUAAGCAAGCUGCUGAGAAAAAGGCAGCCAAGGCCGAUGCAGCCGGUCGAUCUGCCAAAGACAAGGACGGAGACGAGCUCGAUCAAGUCGUCGGCAAUGCUGAAGAUGACAUUGCUGACCAGAUUGGUGGUGUGCGUGAAAAGGAGUUGUUGUAUGGCCCUGAAUCGCUUUUGGCGGUCUAUGGACCCAUGCUUGUCCACAUUUGCGGAAGCCCUCACAAGUUCAAGAACCCGACCCUCCGCGCAGCCGCCACCCUCGCGUUCAGCAAAUUCCUCUGCGUGAGCUCCCAAUUCUGCGACCAACACCACAAACUCCUUUUCAAGAUCCUCGAAACCUCAAAAGACGCCAACAUCCGUAGCAACAUCGUCAUCGCCCUCGGCGACGUGGCCGUAGCCUUCAACCACAUCAUCGACGAGAACACGACCGACUUGUACAAGGGUCUUUCGGAUCGGAAUAUGACGGUGAAGAAGAACACGCUGAUGGUGUUGACGCAUCUUAUUUUGAAUGGGAUGAUUAAAGUGAAGGGGCAGUUGGGCGAGAUGGCCAAGUGUUUGGAGGAUGAGGAUGACAGGAUUUCGGACCUUGCGAGGUUGUUCUUCUCCGAGUUGAGUGGGAAAGAUAACGCGAUUUAUAAUAACUUGCCCGAUAGUGCGUACCUCUCUUUCCCUUUUCUCUCAAUGCCCCCUGCUAACCACGUUGUUCGCAUUCGCACAGUCAUCAGCCACCUCUCAACCGGCCAACACGCCGUCGAAGAAGACAAGUUCCACAGCACGAUGAAGUUCAUCUUUGACUUUAUCAAGGACAAGCAGAGCGACGCCAUCGUCGAGAAACUUUGUGGACGGUUCCAACUUAGCGAGAGCCCGCGGCAGUGGCGCGAUAUUGCUUAUUGUCUUUCGCUCCUACCUUACAAGUCGGAGAGGUCGGUCAAGAAGCUUAUUGAAGGGCUGCAGUUUUAUCGUGAUAAGCUGCACGAGAAGGGCGUGUAUGAUAAAUUUAUGGAGAUUUUGAACAAGGCCCGUCAGAACAAGUCGAAGGACAAGCCUGACGCCGAACUCGACGAAUUCGAAAAGAUUCUUGAAGAACACAAGGCCCAAGGUGAAGAAGACCAGGCCUUGCAGAAUCGCGUCAACAAGGCAAAGAGGAAGCGCGGUGGUGCUACGAGGAAAGGGCGCAAGAAGGCUGCCACUGCUCCUGCAGACGACGAAGAGUAA